CAAGUUUCGGAAACAACACAUUACAGCCUAAACACGAACAACACAACAUCCGUGGCUGAGCUGAAGGAACGAUGCAGUGCUAAAGUUUAAACUAAAGUGAAUAUAUGAAAAAAAAAUUAAAAUGGAAACAAUAUUUCUCCUGCUACUGGCAUGCUGCGCGUCUGCAAAGAUGUCCGUAAUGUACACGCAUGACCGGCUCAGCGACAUGGUCGUGGAGUCCUGUCUCGCCGAGAUGUUCCCCAAGCCCAAGAAGGUCGAGUUCCAGGUGUCCGACGAGGGCUGUAUCAUCUUCUGUGUGCUGAAGAAGUUCGGGAUUAUGACGACGAAUGGGCUGUUCAAUCUGGAUGUUUAUAAAAAACGUGUAGAAACAGCGCACCAACUGGUUCAGCUGAACAACAUAGCGGACGUUGGUUCUCGAUGCAUCAAGCUCGCCAAGGAAUCCCCGCACAGCCAGGACGUCUGUCGGACCGCGAAGAUCUUCAACGACUGCACUCAUUUGUACAGAAUCAUGUUAUAAAAAUAUAUACUUAAUAAAAAUUGGAUACCAUUUUAUUAGGCA